GUUUACUUUAUAGAGAUAAUAACAAAAUUUUCUAAGGUAAGUAGUUUCCACGAUCUAUGGUAGUGACUCUGAUUCUGAAUAUCCAAUCACACACUCUUGUUCUAAAAUCCACACGCGAUUUUGCAGAACGAGGUGAAACGGUGCGUUUUGGAUUGGGGUGUGAAAAUAUGAAUGGAAUUGGGAGUGGAAGUGGAAGGUUUAGUAACAUGGAGAUGGAAUUUAUAAGAAGACAUCACCGGCACCAGCCUGGAAACAAUCAGUGUGCUUCUGCUCUUGUUAAGCAUAUAAGAGCACCGGUUCCUCAGGUAUGGUCUUUGGUUAGAAGGUUCGAUCAGCCGCAAAAGUACAAACCAUUCGUAAGCCGAUGUGUUGUAACGGGAAACCUUGAGAUUGGAAGUUUAAGAGAAGUUGAUGUUAAGUCAGGGCUUCCUGCUACCACAAGUACAGAAAGGUUGGAGCUUCUUGAUGACAAUGAGCAUGUUCUAAGCAUCAAGAUCAUCGGCGGUGAUCAUAGGCUUACGAACUACUCGUCGGUGGUGUCACUCCACCCGGAAAUUAUUGAUGGGAGGCCGGGUACACUGGUAAUUGAAUCUUUUGUGGUGGAUAUACCGGACGGGAACACUAAGGAUGAGACCUGCUACUUUGUUGAAGCUGUGAUUAAGUGCAAUCUUAAAUCACUUGCCGAUGUCUCGGAAGGGAUUGCUUUGCAAGACCGCACUGAACGAAUUGAUCGGAUUUAGGAUCUUAUAUAUAUAUGUUGUUGCCAAAGACAUUGCUGCCACGGAUGAAGCUUCAGCAGUUUUCCUUACGGAGGCCUAGGAGACGGACUGGCGAUCGAGACGCCUCCAUAAGGGUGUUUCUUUCCAUUUGCUAUAUUGAUUAUCCUUUGUUAUAUAUGUUGGUUUCUCUUUUCUGUAGUUAAAGAAACAACAGUGUUUUGAGACGUGAUUCGAUCCGGUGCAGUAACAAGUGAUAGAUAUCAGGUGCUCGGUUUUUCUAUUCGUGGUUAUGCUCUUUGUUGUAUAUAAAACAUGGUAUGUAGAUUUGUUUUUUAAUGUUCAGGUUGAAGUUUUGAAUUGCUUACUUGAAGUUAAUUCUUGUAACAGAACUCUAUAGCUACUUAAAUUUGUGUUUUCUUUACA